GGGAAAGCCCAAAACGACAAGAAUACCAAACAACAAGGAGUAUCAUCUCUCCGUUACCUUUGAAUCUACCUGUACUUUGCCGUUGAAAUUAUUAAUGUUAAUUGCUUGAUAUCCGGUCUAAAUCCCAUCAAUUUCCUUGACGGGUUUUGCCGUAUCUUGGGAAACGAAACCCCGUCAUUACGCUUCUACUAUCGGGAACCUUCAUGCACGCCAUAUCGUUGACGUUUUAAACCGGCCAGCCAUAAGAUUUCCCUUUGCUAUUCUAUUCAUAGGAUAAUUCUCUCUACUCUGACUUCUCUUACGUCUUCCCAAUGUCGAUCGACUCUGUCCGUCCCGCUAUCACGAGCGGCGGCACCGGCUCUCUCUCCUCCGACCUACAGCAGACAUACCUAAGCUCGUCAUGUUUUGAUUUCCUCCUGAUCGAGCUCGUGCCCAUGGCAUACCGGCUCGCUGUGGACGUAUCUACAUCCAGUGCGGUCGCGGCAGGGUUAAAUCCCGAGGAAGUACUUGAUGAGGAAGAACGGCGCGAGGCAGCGUUUUAUAAGCUUGAUCUUUUGGGAUACAGAGUCGGACAAGGACUCGUGGAAAGGUUUUCUCGCGACAGGCCUCGAUUCACGGAUGGUCUAGAUGCAAUUAAAUUCCUCUGCAAAGAUCUCUGGACGCUCGUAUUUCGGAAACAGAUUGAUAAUCUCAAGACAAAUCAUCGAGGUGUCUACGUUUUAACAGAUAAUUCGUUCCGGCCAUUUUCACGCAUGAGUAUGGAAAGUGGAGGGCUCGCGUUACAGCGAGCGCAACCGUUCCUAUGGUUCCCCUGCGGUCUUAUCCGAGGGGCCCUGUCCAGCAUGAACAUCAAUGCAACUGUCCAGGCAGAAACGUCAGAGUUGCCAGGUGCUACAUUUCAGAUCAAGACCGUUGUCAACGCGAAAUCAUAAUCAUCUCUUAUUUUCAGAUCAUGUCGCCGGACAAGAAGCGCAUUGGUUAUAGGGAUACUACAUAUCUUCUUUACAAUCAACAAGAGCAUUGGGUGGCGCUGGUGUUAUUCUGCUAUGGCGUAAGGAUUCUUUUCAGGUCAUAUCAUCGUAUGUUUGAAAUCAGAUCAUCAUCGGGCUAUGUAGCACAGAACAAGCUCGGUUCAGUUAUUUUGAAACUCUCAUUUCCGGCGUUAAUAUUCGCGUAAAACUACCUAACCUAUGCAUAUUGAUGAAAUACCUAGUCGAGGUAUUAUAAGAAAAAGAGG